AACGUCACCAGCCUUCACCCGGUAACCUUACUGCUAGCAGUACACAUUUCUCAGACUUUGCCGAAGUUAUCUCUAAAAGUGAGGUAGCUUUUUCACAGGUAAUGGCUGAAAAGACUGUCGUGGAGAAAAUGAGCGAACUGCAAGUGGACGAGAGGAAAAAGGGGGGAGCUGAAAGUGGUAAAGAAGGAGGAAAGAAGAAGGCUAAAGGUGCAGCUGGAGACUCUGGGGCCAGGGCCGAGCUGUCACCACCACCUCAGUACAUCGAUGAGCGUCUUACUUUGUACGCAAAGCUGAAAGCUGAGCAUGAAGCUCUGUUGGCAGAGAGGGCAGCAAAGAAUAGCCGAGCCAUCAAGGUGACCCUGCCUGAUGGAAAGGUUGUGGAGGCCGAGUCUUGGAAGACAACACCAUACCAGGUGGCCUGUGGAAUCAGUCAAGGCCUUGCUGACAACACAGUGAUUGCCAAAGUGAACAACGGUGUGUGGGACCUGGACAGACCUCUGGAGGAUGACUGCAGCCUGCAGUUGCUCAAGUUUGAUGAUGAAGAAGCUCAAGCUGUUUACUGGCAUUCCAGUGCCCAUAUCUUGGGUGAAGCCAUGGAGAAGGUGUAUGGAGGCUGCCUCUGCUAUGGGCCCCCCAUCGAGAACGGCUUCUACUACGACAUGUUCCUGGAGAACAAUGAGGGCGUAUCGAGCAAUGACUUCCCCUGUCUGGAAAACUUGUGCAAGAAAAUCAUCAAGGAGAAGCAGCCGUUUGAGAGGCUGGAGAUAAAGAAGGAGACUUUGCUGGAAAUGUUCAAGUACAACAAGUUUAAGUGCCGCAUUCUGAACGAGAAGGUCACCACUCCCACUACCACAGUUUACAGGUGUGGUCCCUUAAUUGACUUGUGUCGGGGGCCUCAUGUGAGACACACUGGGAAAAUCAAGGCACUGAAGAUCCACAAGAAUUCGUCAACAUACUGGGAGGGUAAGGCGGACAUGGAAACCCUCCAGAGGAUCUACGGGAUCUCCUUCCCUGACACCAAAAUGCUCAAAGAGUGGGAGAAGUUUCAGGAGGAAGCCAAGAACAGAGAUCAUCGCAAACUGGGCCGGGAGCAGGACCUGUUCUUCUUCCAUGAUUUGAGUCCAGGGAGUUGUUUCUUCCUGCCAAAGGGUGCCUUCAUCUACAACACCCUGAUUGAGUUCAUCAGAAGUGAGUACAGGAAGAGGGGUUUCCAGGAGGUGGUGACACCCAACAUGUACAACAGCAAACUGUGGCAGACCUCUGGCCACUGGCAACACUACAGCGAGAACAUGUUUUCCUUCGAGGUCGAGAAGGAGACCUUCGCUCUCAAGCCCAUGAACUGCCCCGGCCACUGUCUGAUGUUUGAUCACCGGCCGCGCUCCUGGAGAGAGUUGCCCAUUCGCAUGGCCGACUUUGGCGUCCUGCACAGGAACGAGCUGUCGGGAGCCCUGACUGGCCUCACUCGUGUCCGCCGUUUCCAGCAGGACGAUGCUCACAUCUUCUGCUCCAUGGACCAGAUCGAGGAGGAGAUCAAGGGCUGCCUAGACUUCCUGCGGACUGUGUAUGGCGUGUUUGGCUUCACAUUCAAACUCAACCUCUCCACAAGACCAGAGAAGUUCCUAGGGGACCCGGAGGUGUGGGACCAAGCAGAGAAGCAACUGGAGAACAGCUUGAAUGACUUUGGUGAGAAAUGGGUUCUCAACCAAGGUGACGGCGCUUUCUACGGACCAAAGAUUGACAUUCAGAUCAAAGACGCCAUCGGUCGGUACCAUCAAUGUGCCACAAUUCAGCUUGAUUUCCAGCUCCCAAUCCGCUUUAAUCUCACCUUUGUCAGCCACGAUGGUGACGACAAGAAGAGACCAGUGAUCAUCCACAGAGCCAUCCUGGGAUCAGUAGAGAGGAUGAUUGCUAUUCUGACUGAAAACUACGGCGGCAAAUGGCCUCUGUGGCUCUCUCCUCGUCAAGUGAUGGUUGUACCUGUGGGACCAACCUGUGAGGAGUAUGCUCAGAAGGUCAAGCAAGAAUUCCACAACAGCGGCUUCAUGACUGACGUGGAUCUUGAUCCCGGCUGCACUUUGAACAAAAAGAUCAGAAAUGCACAGUUGGCACAGUACAACUUCAUCCUGGUGGUGGGAGAGAAGGAGAAGACAAGUAACACUGUGAACGUACGCACUCGGGAUAACAAAGUUCACGGCGAGCACAGUGUGGAGGCGUGCAUCGACCGUCUGAAACAGCUCAAGACCUCCAGGAGUCGGAACGCUGAAGAGGAAUUCUGAGCUUUCCCAGACUCUCUGCUAUCAGCUAGUCCUUUUCUCAGCAGGAAGCUUGAAUCUGGUAACUUUAAAAGGGCCAUGUGGUUGGAAACAGUUUUUGAAACUCAUUUUACAUCAUUGCCUAGUCUUUCGUCCUGAAGAAAUCACAUUUUUCUCAUGUCUUCUGUUGCCUCUUUACUGUAUCAUUGUUUACAAUCAUCAAAUCUCAUGGUUGCUGUACUCUGAUUGUGAAUAUCCCUUCUGCUCUACUCUCAUGGGAUUAGACUUUACAGAACAGUCUGUACCAUCAAAUUUCUCUUUAAAAAUAUUUACCAUAUGUACUGAACUGAGGGUGAAAUAGUCUUGCUUCUAUCACUCAUAAUUGCUUCAGGGAAUUGUAUGUGAACUACAAUUUUGAUAAUUAAACAAUCUUUUCUGGA